ACGCAAUCACUUUUUGGCACGACACGGGCUUUGCGCCGCGGAGCCUGGGACAGGCUCCUUCCAGGCUGGGAGGAACACAUUCAGCUUCUUUAAAUGUCUCUUGAAUCUCCGCAGUCGUGUGGGUUUCCGUCAACAUGGAGCCUUUAGACUUGGAUUCCCUGAACUUGACACUAGCGGGGGCGGCACCAGCGUACCCGCGGUGUGAGCGCUGGAGCGGCGGGUCCGAGGGCUCCGUGUUCCACCUGGGGAACGCGCUGCUGCUGCUGGGCUUCAUGGGCUGCGUGGGCGGCGGGGGGGGUCUGCCGGCCCCCCCGCAGGCCUUGCUGGCUCUGCUGGCACUGCUGGCCCCCGGGUUCCUGCUGCUGGCCGUGGCCGCCUGGCCCGACCCCUGCACCGCCGACCCGUUCCUCUGGAACAGCGCGCUGUUCGGGCUGUGUGCGGGGCGAGCCGUGCAUGUCGCCUACAGGCUGAGGAGCCUCUCGUUUGAUCAGGAACUGCAGGAACUUUACAACCACAUGUUCAGGAAAGCUGGAGUGUCGCUGGUGCACUUCGGGGAGAUCGUGCUGGCCGGAGAGCCGGAGGUGGGAGAGCUGCAGAAGGAGCAGCGCUUCGCUGCGGAGGGGAAGACCCCCAUAGACAAGCUGUCGGUGCUGCUCUCCGGCAGAGUUGCUGUGAGCGUUCACGGGGAGUUCCUGCACUUCAUCUACCCAUUCCAGUUCCUGGAUUCCCCUGAAUGGGACUCUCUCAGGCCGUCAGAGGACGGGCUUUUUCAGGUGACCCUGCGUGCUGAGGAAACUUGUCGAUACGUCACGUGGCGGAGGAAGAAACUUUACCUGCUUUUCGCCAAGCAUCGCUACAUAGCUCGGAUUUUUGCCCUGAUUGUACGCAGCGACAUCGCUGAAAAACUGUAUUCCCUCAACGACCAGGCCUGUAACGGAUCAGGACACCGCUAUGAUCUCCGCUUACCAAGUUACUGUCACAUGCCAGGGACAGAAUUAGAAAAGGCAACUGACCUACAAGUGCCCGCACUGGUUGAGAGGGCUGCCUGAACGCACACACACACGCACACGCACACGCACACGCAUACGCACACACACACUAACACU